CAUCACAUUCACAACCCUCUAAAUCUCACACCAAAACAAAGUCAAAAUUCACCAAAUAUGAUAGUAGAAUUAUUUGUACUUCCUAAUUGGGUUACAUUUUGUACAACAUUUGUCAUCCUUCUCCUAUUCAUCCACCGUCUUCGUCUCCAUCGCCGCAAAUACAAUCUACCACCAGGACCAAAACCAUGGCCUAUAAUAGGAAAUAUGAACCUUAUCGGAUCCCUCCCACAUCAAUCCAUCCAUGGGCUCACUAAAAAAUAUGGCCCCAUCAUGCGUCUAUGGUUCGGAUCCAAACUCGUCAUUGUGGGCUCGAGCCCAGAUAUAGCCAAAGCUUUCCUUAAAACAAACGACAUUGUCCUUGUCGGACGACCCAAAUUUGCCUGCGGAAAAUACACAACUUAUAACUACUCUAACAUCACUUGGAACCCAUACGGUCCAUAUUUUCAACAAGCCCGUAAAAUGUUUCAAAGGGAAUUGUUUAGUGUAAAAAGUCUCGAGUCUUAUGAGUACAUGAGAAAAGAAGAAUUACAUAUUUUUCUGCAUAAACUCUUCAAUUCAAAAAAUAAAACUAUUUUGUUGAAGGACCAUCUUUCAACUUUUAGUCUUAAUAUUAUAAGCCGCAUGGUGUUGGGGAAGAAAUACUUGGAGAAGAGUGAAAAUGUUAUUAUUUCCCCUGAAGAGUUUAAGGAGAUGUUGGAUGAGUUGUUUUUGCUUAAUGGGGUCUUCAAUAUUGGGGAUUUUAUUCCUUGGAUUCAAUUCUUAGACUUGCAAGGUUAUGUGAAGAGAAUGAAGGCUUGUGGUAAGAGAUUUAAUAGGUUUAUGGAACAUGUGUUGGAGGAGCACAUUGAAAGAAGGAAAGAUGUUAAGGAUUAUGUUGCUAAAGAUAUGGUGGAUGUGUUAUUGCAGCUUGCUGAGAAUCCUAAUCUUGAAGUCAAAAUUAAGAGGAAUGGAGUUAAAGCGUUUACUCAGGACCUAAUAGCUGGUGGGACAGAUACCUCUUCUGUAAUAAUAGAAUGGGCAAUUUCUGAGCUUGUGAAAAGGCCAGAGAUUAUCAAGAGAGCUACAGAGGAACUAGAUAGAGUAAUAGGGAGAGAUAGAUGGGUUGAAGAGAAAGACAUUGUCAAUUUACCUUAUGUUUUUGCAAUUGCUAAAGAAACAAUGAGGCUUCAUCCUGUGACACCAAUGUUAGUGCCAAGAGAAGCUACUGAGAAUUGCAAUGUUGAUGGUUAUGAUAUACCAAAAGGGACUAUGAUUCUUGUCAAUACUUGGACAAUUGGAAGAGAUUCUGAUAGUUGGGAUAAUCCAUAUGAAUUUAUACCAGAGAGGUUUAUUAACAAUGAUAUAGAUAUAAUAAAAGGACAUGAUUAUAAGAUGUUGCCAUUAGGUGCUGGUAGAAGGAUGUGUCCUGGUUAUCCUCUUGGUCUUAAGGUGGUUCAAUCAAGUUUGGCUAACUUGUUGCAUGGAUUUAAUUGGAGAUUACCUAAUGAUAUGAAAAAAGAGGAUUUAAAUAUGGAGGAGAUUUUUGGGCUCACUACACCUAAGAAAAUACCAUUAGAAGUUGUUUUGGAGCCUAAACUUCCGUAUCAUCUUUAUUGCCUCUAAGUAUUUUUCUCUAAUAAUAUUGGGAAUAAUGGGAUUUUUGUGAGUUCAAUGUUAUUAACUUCAUGACAAGAGAAGAAAGAAAAAAGCAAGCGUAAUAAUGAAGAAUAUACGAUGUUGGAAAGUUGGUUAGUAAUGAGUGCAAUAGUAUAUUCCAUCAAAAAUUUAUAUUUUAGAUUCAUUCAAUAAAUGAUGUAUGUGAUUUAUAAUGUAGGUCACAUACAUCAUUUAUUGAAUGAACCUAAAAUAUGAAUUUUUGCUUAUAAUAGUAACUGAAGGAUGUAGUUGUUAUAGAGUUUGUAAUAUUAAAUAAUAGUAUAUUAUAUUAUGCUAUCUCUUGUUUUUUGUUUUUUGAUGGAAUGCAUUUGGUACUCUUAUGUGACUUUUCCUUAUUGCUUAGAAGGGAAGGUGCUUGAAAACAUAAUGAAUGGGUUUGAAUUGUAAGGUUAAUUAAGUAAAUGGUCUUUAUAAAUAUAAGAAUUUUGUUUUUA